AUGACCGUCUCGAGUGGGUCAUCGUCACCAAUUGCAGCUGCUGCGCAAGGCUUCGGCCGCGCAAACGGCUUCUUCGAGGACUAUGGCGUAUGGAAAGAAGCGCCGGUGCUCAUUGGCACCACCAAGUUUGAGCCUCUGCCGGAUGUCAGGAAUAUCAUGAUUACGGGAGGGGCUGGGUUCAUAGCAUGUUGGCUGGUCCGGCAUCUCACCCUCACAUACCCGCACGCCUACAACAUCAUCUCGUUCGACAAGCUAGACUACUGCUCGUCUCUCAACAACACAAGGAUACUCAACGACAGGCGGAACUUCACCUUCUAUCAGGGCGACGUGACCAACCCCUCCGAGGUGGUCGACUGCCUGGAGCGGUACAACAUCGACACCAUCUUCCACUUUGCCGCCCAGUCGCACGUGGACCUCAGCUUCGGCAACUCGUACACCUUCACCCACACCAAUGUGUACGGCACCCAUGUCCUGCUUGAGAGCGCCAAGAAGGUGGGCAUCCGCCGCUUCAUCCACAUCUCGACGGACGAAGUCUACGGCGAAGUCAAGGACGACGACGACGACGACCUGCUCGAGAGCAGCAUCCUAGCGCCCACCAACCCGUACGCGGCGAGCAAGGCCGCGGCCGAGAUGCUCGUCCACUCCUACCAGAAGAGCUUCAAGCUGCCUGCCAUCAUCGUGCGAAGCAACAACGUCUACGGACCCCACCAAUACCCCGAGAAAAUAAUCCCCAAAUUCACCUGCCUCCUGGCGCGGCACAAGCCGGUGGUGCUGCACGGCGACGGGUCGCCCACGCGGCGGUACCUCUUCGCGGGCGACGCGGCCGACGCCUUCGACACGAUCCUGCACCGCGGCCAGCCGGGGCAGAUCUACAACGUGGGCUCGCACGACGAGAUCAGCAACCUGGCGCUCGCCCGCAAGAUCCUGGCCGAGAUGGGCCUGUGCGCGCCGCACGCCGGCCCGGACGAGUUCGGCCGCUGGGUCAAGUACACGCACGACCGGCCGUUCAACGACCACCGCUACGCGGUCGACGCGACCAAGCUCCGCCGGCUCGGGUGGGAGCAGAAGACCAGCUUCGAGGAAGGGCUGAGGGUGACGGUGGAGUGGUACCGCCGCUUUGGCGAGCGCUGGUGGGGGGAUAUCACCAAAGUGCUGAGCCCGUUCCCUGUCGUGGCCGGGAACGAGGUGCUCAGUGACCAUGAGCCGGUGUCGGAUCAUCCGCAGCUUGGGCAUGAUGAGGGGAGGAAGAAGAGGGGAGGGGAGGCGGGGGUGAAUGGUGAAGCCGAUGGCGAUAGGAAGGUGAAUGGUGAGGUGAAUGGCAAUGGGAAGGCGAGUGGUGAGGAGUGUUAG